AUGGAAAACCCCACUCCCCUAUCUGAGGCCCAAAAGGUCGCGCUUGAUAAGCUGACCGCAUAUUUGGGUCCAAAGUACGUGGAGUUCCGUGUUUCACAAGGUCCUGAAGUGCUAAUUGCACGUGUUGAAAGCCUCAUGCAGUAUGAAGAGACACUUUUAGGGCAGAUCCAAGACCAAAUAGCGUCGGCUAUGCCUACACGCUACGUGUCUGUACAAGACGAAGAGGCUAUGCCUCGUCCUCUAAAAGUGGAAGUGAAAAACUACUCCGGUAAGGAGGGUGAGAACCUCAUCCUCUGGAUCCGUGAGAUUGAGAUGGCCAUGAGAUCAGGCCUGAUCACGCUUUACCAUCAAUAG